GAGAUGCGGAGGUCUCUCUAUUAUCGUAUGGAGCAAACACUUGGUCGUGACAAACAGGCUCUACACAAUCUGAAAGAGUUUUGACAAGAGAGUGUAGCAUAGUGAAGUGGAUUUUUGGUAGUGUGGACAUGUCUAUGCAAUAUUCCAAUCAUUCCGUAAUGAACUUGUUAAGCCCCGGCGGUCCACCUUGUUGGCCCGAGCACCAGACGAUGCACUUGGACUAUUACAAUGGCUAUGGGAUACCAAUGGACAACAACAGGAUGGACCAGCUGCAUAUGUACAACAGUAACCAGGCCUGUAUGUACGGAAAGUCCCCGUCUCCCACCCUGCAUUCUCCAAUACAGCAGGGUUACACUUUGACAAACCUAUCCUCUUCUGUAUCAAACGGUAUGUCUUUACCUGUGCAAACUGGCGACAACCCUAAUAUCAAGACGGAACCGGACUCUCACGUACCUGGAGAUAUCCGAACCUCACAGUCCUCGCCGGAUCUGAUGUCUCCCGGAUCUUCAUCGAUGUCCACAGAAAACGGAUCCUCCAUCACUCCCAAAAGCGAAAGCAACGAAAUCAUGGAAAACCUUGACAAACAUAAUGGAAACUGUAGUCAAGCCCCUUCGCCAUUAGAUGAAAACGACAACGACAAAACUUCGGAAAAGUCCGGAGAAUGCAAUCUUAUGAAGCAGCGUACCCGACGAAAACCCAGGGUGCUAUUUUCUCAGGCGCAAGUGUUCGAAUUGGAAAGAAGAUUCAAACAACAGAGAUAUCUAUCCGCGCCCGAAAGGGAACAACUCGCUAACUUACUCAAACUGACUUCAACACAGGUGAAAAUUUGGUUCCAAAACAGAAGAUACAAAUGCAAACGUCAAAGGCAAGACAAGAGUUUAGAACUGUCUUCCAUGCCCCCACGACGAGUGGCCGUUCAAAUGUUAGUACGUGACGGUCGGCCAUGUUUGCCGCAGAACGUCCCAGGGGCCCCUUAUUCCGCGUCAUCAUAUAGUUCCCCCUAUUACCCUUCUCUGAACAGUCAUGUCUCGUCGGCCGUUCCUAUUAACCCCAUGCAGCAGAACCCGUAUGCAAACUCACAGAUCGCCCAAGGGAUACGGUCUUGGUGAUUUUUUUAUAUUUGACAUCUUUUUCGUUGUAAAUAUAUUCUAUUGUUUGUAAAUAAGAGUUGUAUUUUCAUAUAAGAAUUAUGUGAAAAGGGAGUUGUGUUUCAUGCCAAGUCCAUUUCAUUUUCUGAUUUUUUUUAAUGCAUCGACUAAAAAUCUUAUACGAUUUUUUGGAAACAUGUCAUGAACAUGAAUUGUAUCUCGUGUGACUGGAGAGUGCUGCAAGAUAAAUACGACUGAAUAUGAAAUGGAUUCUUAAAUGCUCUUUUAAUUUUUUGAAAUUAAGAGAAAAAUGGAUCAUUUAUAUUCAUUCGAAAAUUGUUAACAAUUUGGAUUAUUUUUUUAUUUUACAAUUUUAUACCUUCAUAUAUUGAUGCCAUGUUUUUGAACAAAAGAAUUGUUUUAAUUUGUACAAAUGAUGAUGAAAAAAAAAAUAAAGAUUAACAAACCAA